UGGGUUGGGCGUUGAUAACAACAGCAGAGCAGAAAUGUAUUUACAGUGAAGUUUUAAAAAAGAAACGCAAUGCUUUUGCAUUCGUUUGACUUUUGAGGACCUCGGUCUCUUGUUAGGAUAAUUGUACUGUUUUCCUAACCUAAUCAAAAUGUAUCCAAAUCACAGUGGAGACAUAGUCCACCUAAAUGUUGGAGGGACGAGGUUCUCCACUUCUCGUCAAACACUAAGUUGGAUUCCUGAUUCAUUUUUUACCGCUCUAUUGAGUGGCCGUAUUUCAAGCCUGAAAGAUGAAACAGGUGCAAUAUUUAUCGACAGAGAUCCUAAAGUCUUUGCUCUUAUUUUAAAUUAUUUGAGGACAAAGGAUAUUGAGCUCAAAAGUGUCGAUAUUAGAGCCCUUCGACAUGAAGCUGAAUAUUAUGGAAUCACACCUUUGGUGAAGAGACUUGUUCUUUGCCAGGAUUUGACUCAGUCAUCAUGUGGAGACGUCCUGUUUUAUGGAUAUUUACCACCACCUUGUGUACCGCUUCAGGAGCCAAGUUGUUCAGGUUCUGCUUUGAGUGAAAAUUCUGCAUUGGGCAUUCGCUCAGGAAAUUCAGUUCCCAUGUCCUCUGCGGGAUCAUCAAAUGCUGCUCCAUCCAUCUCAGCCUCAUCUGGGCACCAUCCAUCGUUGAAUCCACUUUCUGUAGCUCAGCAACCCACAUCUGCAUCAGUACCAAGCUCCUCUGGCAAUACAUCUGCUGGAGGAAAUUCUCUUUGUUCUGUGGCUGGCUGUGGACUGAAUAGUUCUGGGAGUAAUGCUUCUGGGUCAUCCAAUGUUUCAACUGGGACCAAUUCAGUCAGCAACUCCCAACCUGUUUUUGGGCCCUCUCUUACACACCAGGCUGGCCCGAGUAAUAUGCCUGGGUAUUCAUGUAAUCCACAUGUUCAUUCAACAACACGAUCUGGAGCUGCUGUUGCAACGGCUCAUUCUCGAAACUCAUCACUUGAUCUCCGAGUCUCAUCUAAUGGCAGUGGUGGUUCUGGGACCAAUGGGGCCGCUAUAGGGUCUCGCUCAUCAAAUGAUCUCCGAAAUAUUACAACCAGAGCAGCUGCCAGUUGUGCCGUCAAUGGUCAUUCUAGAGCUGCUUCUCUUGACCUCAGACAUUCUAGAAAUUCUUCAGCUGACUUUAACAAACUGUUAAGAAAUGAUGUGGCUUUGGUUUUUGGGGGGCACCACCAAGGAUCAAGCUGGGCUGACCCACUUCGUGUACAGAUAAUUAAAGCUCAUCACAACUGGAUUGUGGUGGCAUAUGCCCAUUUUGUAUCCUGUUACAGGCUUAAGGAUUCCAGUAGCUGGCAGCAUGUCUUCACCAGCCCUCACAUUGAAAAUUCCAUUGAACGGAUUGCUAUUAAUGCAAAGCUAAGCCAAGGUGGUGGAAGUGGGGGAGGUGGGGAGGCUAACUGCAAGAUGGUUGCCAUUUCAUAUGGCAGUCAAGUUCGGUUGUGGGGAGUAUCAGAGUGUGGGGCAAGGACAAAUAUUGGUACUUUCAAUCUGCAUGUCCGUGUAGAAUAUCUGUUCUUCAUUGGCAGUACAUUGGUUGCACUCUCACCAACUGGAAAAAUAGGAGUAUGGCAUGCCAUGACACAGCAUUGGCAGAUCCAGGAUGUAGUUCCUAUCUCAUCAUUUGACACAGCUGGAUCAUUCUUACUUCUGGGGUGUAACAAUGGUUCAAUUUAUUACAUUGAUAUGCAGAAGUUCCCUCUUCGUAUGAAGGACAAUGAUCUCUUGGUCACGGAGCUCUAUAAAGAUCCUGGCAAUGACCCAAUAACAGCCAUAUCUGUGUACCUUACACCAAAGACUAGUUUAUGUGGUAACUGGAUUGAAAUUGCUUAUGGCACAAGUGCCGGAACAGUUAGGGUCAUUGUGCAGCAUCCUGAAACUGCUGGCCAUGGCCCUCAACUUUUCCAAACAUUUACUGUGCACCAAAGCCCUGUAACAAAGGUGAUGCUGUCAGAAAAAUUCUUGGUUUCGGUGUGCAGUGAAUACAACCAUGUGCGCACUUGGAGUGUCACUCGAUUUAGGGGGAUGAUCUCAACUCAACCUGGCUCCACCCCCGUUGCUUCUUUCAAAAUAGUUUCAUUGGAAGAAGUAGAGCCCUAUGUGAGCUAUGCUGCUGGUAAUGACUGUGGUCCGUUUGGGGAGCAAGAUGAUGUGCAGGUCUUCAUUCAGAAGGUGGUGCCAGAUACACCAGAACUUUUUGUUCGCCUUGCAUCCAAUGGAAAGAGAGUUUGUGUCAUACGCUCUGUGGAUGGCACAACCAUCACAUCCUUCUGUGUCCAUGAAUGCGAGGGAUCCAGUCGCAUGGGUUCUCGGCCAAGACGAUUCAUUUUCACUGGUCACAGCAAUGGUGCUAUUCAGAUGUGGGACUUAACUACAGCUCUGGACCUUGCAGCCAAAGAUGCACCUGCAAUGCAGACAUCUGGAGGACCAACCCCUGAGGAGCUGCUGAAACUUCUAGACCAAUGUGACCUCAGCAACAGUCACAGCUCUACCCCUUGCUUGUCCCCCUGCCCUUCAUUAGCUAACCAUCCAGCCGCUAGGUUGAAAGCUUCUAAUGUAGCAUUUCUCAACCAGCAGCAGCAGCAACAGGUUGAAGCUCUGGAAGCCCAAAUUCGUGAUAAAGACCGUUUAGAGAGGGUGGCUGCUGCUAGUGCAGAUGUUCCUCACAAAGCAAUCCCAUCUGUGAGCAACCCACCUCCCCCAACUUCAUCCUGAAGCAGAUUUUUGUUUUAUAAUGAACCUUUUGGUGCCACUUUACAUUGGUACUUUGUUGUUGUUUUCUAUCCCAUUUUUAGUUAUUAUUUCAUAUUAAACUUAAUGAAUUGUGUUGCAACCUUCUUUAUUCUGCAUUAAUGAAAUUUGUUAGAGAUUUAUUAUUUAAUUUAUCUCAGAGACUUAUGGAAGUAGCCGAUAAACUUUACGGUAUGCCUAUUUCUUACCUUGUACAUUCCUGUUAGACUGCACAAAUUUGCCAGGUUUUGUCCUUAUGAUUGUUGUAUACCUUCUGGUUAUUUAUUUUACUUUUAGAUUAUUUUUUAUUUCUGUUACUUUCUCUCAAAAGUGUUAUUUUUUAAAAUUGUUUGAUGUUUGUUGAACGUUAAGAUCAAUAAUUUCUAGACUACAGUCCCAUCCGGAUUUUCACUCAAAAUGUUUUGAUGGAUGGACUUGCAGUCAUGCAUGGUUUAGACCACAAUUUUAUGUAAUUCUCAUGUUUGAGAUGUGAUAAAUCAAAUAUUAUCUUACUUGGUGGAGUAAUCAUUGUGACUAGAAUAGUUAGUUUCUCUUCUGUUUAGUUGUGCAGUGUGUGACAUAUUUGCUGUCAUUCCCCAGUAUUAGAUGAGUCUGCAUGUUUAUAGGCCUGCUGGCCAAACAUGUAGUAAUUACAUCAAAUAAAGUUGUUUGCAUAAAUAAAA